AUGCGACGAAAACUAACAGCUUUUAUAGGCUUCUAGCCACGUUCUCUUGGAUUUUGAUUCGUGGAUUAGCAAACUAAAGCUUCUUUCUCGAGUUAUGGCUAGUUUGACUCACAUUGAAGGCUGUUGCAGUCUCUUCAGAAUCUUUCAUAGCAUCAUCUGUCCGCACAAACUUUCUAUUCAACAUAUGAGUUAGCCUUGCACUAAAGCGCUAGCUUUUUGUUAGCUACAAUACUCAGAAAAUAUCUGUUAAAACAGCUAGCUAGCAGUACAGUAGCCAUUUGUAAAAUUGAUCUCUUUGGACACACCCUUUAAUUAUUCCUGUGGAUGUAAUGCGCAUGCGCGCUCAUUCCCCAUGUGUGAGAAAAUAAUAUCCAAGAUCCAGAUCCAGAUCCUCCUGGCAGAAUCAUCUUUGUCUUGAGGGCCUGGUCUUUUCUUCUUAGAUAUUAUAUACACUGAACUACAGAUCCUGGAAGAAUCAAUUUUCUUCUUUCUUGAUGUCCUGUUCCUGUUUGGGAAGCCCUACCUGCUGCUUGCUUGCUAGCUGUAUAUAAGGAUGCUCCUACUGUAUUAAAUAUACUGCAUGCUUUUUACAAAAGUACACGCAAUGGCAAUGGCCAACAUUAAGGUUGCAUUCUUGGUUGUCAUACUGGCUGCAAUAAAGAAUAGUUUUGGGCAAAAUACAACUUGUUUGAAGGAGGAUGCCAUACAAGAUAUACGUUUAGUGGAUGGUACAUAUGGGGACUUCAUGGGAAGAGUUGAAAUCAAAUUCAAUGGGACUUGGGGUACAGUCUGCGAUGACUUUUGGUCUCUGGCUGAUGUAAAUGUUGUGUGCAGAAUGAUGGGAUUUGAAAGAGGUGGAGGUUGUGCUGUGAGCCGUGCUGGAUUUGGUCAGGGCCCCAUAUCAUCACCAAUUUUGUUGGAUGAUGUGCGCUGUCGCGGGAAUGAGGAUUGUCUUGAUGACUGCAGCUUCAUUGGUCUAGGUGAUCCUCCAACAUUCUGUACCCAUCGUGAAGAUGCUGGAGUUGUUUGCUUGUCAGAUCAGAAUGAUGUAAAUCCCCCACCUGUCUUGCAUCUCGUCAAUGCUACCACUACCACUCUUGCUGUCAGAUUCAAGAAUGUUAAAAGGUCACAACUACCUGAAGGGGCAAACACCAUACGUUAUCGUAUAAGUUAUGCAGAAAGUGGUGUUGAGGAUGUAUUCCAAAGAAAUUCGUACUUCUUCCCAGACUCUAUAGGGGAAAGGGAUGAUGAAACAAUUAUGGUCUUAACCAAUCUAAAACGUGACACGGAAUACUCACUUCAAAUGGGUGUUGAUUUUCGAUAUUCUCGAACAAUAUGCUUCUCCUACAUCAUAGGUUCUCUCUCGCAGCCAUUACUCUUUCGGACAAAUGCUACUAUAAAACCAACAAGUAUCCAGAUUCGGCUUGGUUCUCUACUAUCUGGCUCGAGCUUCAGUGGUCGAGUGGAAGUAAUGUACAACAAUACUUGGGGAACUGUUUGUGAUGACUCGUUUGGCACAAGUGACGCAAAUGUCAUAUGCCGAGCCUUAAAUUUCAGCGGUGCUCUUUGUGUUCCUUUUCGUCGAUUUUCUCCUGGAGCAGGUCCUAUCUGGUUAGACGAUCUCAAUUGCCCCUCUAGUGCUGAGGUACUAGAAGAUUGCACUCAUCGUGGUUGGGGUGUGCAUAACUGUAGGCAUAGAGACGAUGUGUCAGUGGUGUGUAAUCCAGGUGAAGAUUUUCUUGGAACUGUAUCCAAUGUGGUUGUCACCGACGUGCAACCUGUUACUGCUACAAUUCAAUGGGAGGCAUUCGAUUUCCCAAACAUCGUUGCGUCAUUCUCAUACCGAGUUUUCUAUUGGUCUAGCAGCACCACGUUUCGAUCAAGUCGGACCGUCUCCCACCCCCGCACUGAAAUUGAGGUCACCAGUUUGAUUGUGGGGGACACGUACAUGGUGACUGUCAGUCCAGUAGUAAGAUUUGAUGCUUGCUUCUUUCGUUCAAUAUCUGGGCCAGAAUCAGUCGCUGUGAACUUCACAACUUUUGCUUUACCUCCAACUGGACCACCAACUGACUUCCAUAUUAUCGUCCUCAACAGCUCAGCAAUCGAAAUUCAAUGGGAAGAUCCUUUACGCAACCAUCAGAAUGGUGACAUCACUUCCUAUAUAGUUUUUGUUUCUCCUCAGGGUGGUGGUGAACGUCAAAUAGAGUACCUCACAAGCAGCACCGACUUUGAUGUAGCAAGAAUUGUUGGUGGUCUAAUUCCCUCCACCAUGUACACCUUCAGUAUACUUGCAGUAAAUGCUGGAGGGCGAGGACCACGGUCUAUCUCUCUCACCGGGCAGACUUUUGCUGUGGGAGCCGAACCCAUAAUCAGCAGCUUUGGCCUUAAUGGAGACGGUAUCGAUAGAGUGAUCCGCUUCACUUUCAAUAGGAACUUGAACAUUCAUUGUGGCAGCACAAGACAAAAUGUGAAAAUUGAUUGGUUCAGUCCUAGUGGUAGAAAAGUGGAAAUAGAUGACAGAAACUUAAGAGUUGGACGAUAUAGCAACGGGAGUGCAGUUCUGCAAAUUGCUGCAUUUCGACGUUUAAACACCUGCGAUGGAGGAGUUUAUACAUGUGUUGCAAAUGACUUGAGCACACAGACUAAUCAACGAAAAACUUUCACUCUAAUCAUUAGUUCAACACCUGUAAGACCCAAUCGCGUUUUUCCGCUUACUGUGACAAGCAAUUCGAUAAAGAUAGGCUGGGAGAGACCUUCAUGUGAUGGCGGGCACCGUAUCUUGGAGUACAAUCUCAACUACUAUGAAUUUGUGACAUCGUUUUUCUCCCGUGUUGUAAUAUCAAUUCGUCACAUCAUUGCUGAAGAAACAAACUAUACCUACACUGUGAAUGAUCUAAAUCCAAGCAGAUCCUAUGUUUUUCAAGUGCAAGCUGUCCGGACGGACCUACGUGUAUCAUCAUUUUCACCGACGCGUACAAUUAGGACACUUCCACCAGCACCUUCACCUCCGAGGGAUAUCGGAGUGAGGAUAGUUGGUAUCAAGACCAUUGAAAUCAGCUGGAGGCCUCCUGUUGUUGCAAACGGAGUGAUAAUUAGAUACACUAUUUACAUCACACUAUUUGGUGUGUCUGAUGAUGGUGGAACAGGAAAUAAGAGGAGACAGGCUGUGCAAACUCCAAUUGUUAUCACUGCUGUAUUUUCAGGAUCAGCCACAUCAGGAAAUGUUACUGUGCCUUCAACAGAUGCGAUGUACGGUGUUCAAGUAACAGCGUCAAUUCCAGUAGGUGAUAGCUUAAAUGAAGGAAGAAUAUCGAACCUCUCGUUAGUGGAUGUUCCAACACCUGUUCUACCCAUUCUUCAAAGCUUUCGGGUGAUUAAGGCAACGAAUUCUUCUAUGACCAUCCAGUGGGAGCUUCCUCAGCCACCAUUUCUUCCUAUUGAUGAGUUCAUCGUGACUUACAGCUCUCUUGUCAACUGGGAGAGUCCACUUGGUGAAGAUGUUGAAUUCUCUGAGUCUGGCAGGGUAACUGUUCAACCUUCUGUAAGCACUGUACGCAUUAGCCCACUUACUCCUGGAACAACAUACACUUUCAACGUCGUUGCAAGCACGGAAGACGAAUUAGGACAAGAAACAUCGGUUACUGGCAGUACAACUGGUGGGGUGGCUGAUCGAGGGAGAGUGGCAUUCGUUCAGUUAAAGUUUGGACCUGUUGACAAGUGCUCAAGCUUUCAAGUUGGAGAUACAGAGCAACGUUUGAAAACAAUAAAGGAUGCAAUUAUUAACGAAAUCAAUGAGCUCUGCUCAUGUGAUGUAACUGCUGACCAUCUUCAAAAUAGUGUAUUCAGUUGUGCUGAUGGUUUGGUUGACCAAGUUGUGUAUCGUGCUCGGAUUAUAGGGAGCGACAGUUACAAUGCCCAAGAUCUUGUGUCUCUAAUUCAAGCAUGGGUUAAUAGUGAUGAUGCAAUGAUAAUUGCUGGAUUUUUCCGAUUUAAUGUUGAUGCAAGCUGUAUCACUUCCUUGGAUACCCUGCGCUCUCCUGACUGUGAGAUAGGUCAAGUAACUACAUCCCCGACUGAGAUUGUGACUGUUGUUACUGAACCGCUUACAUCACCAACUGAGAUUGUGACUGUUGUUAUUGGCCUGUUUGUUAUCAUUAUCCUUGUUGGGAUUGUUGUUUUGUUGAGUGUACUGCUCAUCAGAAAGCGUAAACUAAGUGAGACCAGCGGAGUUUUGGGAAUGGUAAGAUUUAAGAAUGAGAAUACUGCAAAAGAAGAGGAUAGACUCCCCUUUGCUGACAUGGAGCCAAGCUCUGAAGACACCAUCGAUUCAAAACCAGAGGUCUUCAUGUGAAACACCAAAUUAAAUAACUCAACUAAACAUGUAGUAACAAUUAUAUUUUAGCUAUAAUGUACUCAGAUGCUAGUGCUGCUGUUAUCAUUAAUUUUAUUUACUAAAAACAUACGUACAUUAACGUCUUAUUUUGCUGCCCAUAA